AUUGAGUUGAAAUAAAAUAGCCGCCCACUCAGUUAGCUCCAUCUGGAAAAUGCGGGGGUUAAACUCCUUGCAUGUCGUUCAACCUCGGAUGGCUGCUCCUUACCGACCGAGCCUCGGAGGCUUCGUAUGAUCAAGCGCUCUUCAGCAACCUCAAAAAGGCCUCUACCACACAUACCCUAUCAUUCACAACCCCAUCAACCCAGAUCCUCAGAAAACAUGACUCAAACCACCCAAGGCAACGCCUACGUCCUUGGCGUCGGCAUGGCAGCCUUCCUCAAGCCGCGCGCCACAAGAAUGUACACAGAGCUGGCCUUCGAAGCAGGCGUCAAGGCCAUGCUGGAUGGGCACAUCACCUACGACGACGUCGAGGCCGGAGUGGCCUGCUACACAUCCGGGUCGACGUGCAGCGGCCAGCGGGUUUUCUACCAGUUCGGCAUGACCGAUAUCCCGAUCUACAAUACCAACAAUGCCUGUGCGACCGGGUCGACCGGUCUGCAUCUUGCGCGGACGUUCGUCAAGUCCGGGGCCCAUGACUGUGUGAUGGUCGUGGGCUUCGAGCAGAUGAAUGCAGGCCCGCUGGUUAGCAAUGUCACGGAUCGACCGACGCCGUUGGACUUGAGCAUUGAUUUGAUGCAAUCGGCCUGGGGGAAGAAUGAUGCUCCCAGGAAUCCGCAGAUGUUUGGGAAUGCGGGGAGGGAGUAUAUGGAGAAGUGCGGUGCUUCAGUUGAAGACUUCGCUGAGAUCGCGCGCAUCUCGCACGAGCACUCAUCUCGCAACCCUUACGCCCAGUUCCAGAACGUCUACUCAUUAGAAGAGAUCCAAAAGUCACCGAUGAUCUACUACCCACUCACGAAGCUGCAAUGCUCACCCACAUCCGACGGCGCCGCGGCUGCCAUCAUCGUAUCCCAGAAAUUCCUCGACGCGCGACCAGAGCUCAAGUCCCACGCCAUCCUGAUAGCUGGCCAAUCGCUCAAGACAGACAGCCCGGCCCUAUACUCCGGCAGUGCUCUAGACCUAGUAGGGUACGAGAUGACACGCCGAGCCACCGCCGCCGCACUGAGCGAAGCAGGCGCCACACCCCGGGACAUCCGAGUCUGCGAACUCCACGACUGUUUCUCCGCCAACGAGCUCAUCUCGCUCGACGCCAUGGGGUUCUGCGAGCGCGGGAAGGUGCACCACCUCGUUCGAAACGGAGACAUCACGUACGGCGGCAAAGGACCCAUCGUCAACCCGUCGGGCGGACUUAUUUCGAAAGGCCACCCCCUGGGCGCGACGGGGGUAGCGCAGUGCGCGGAACUGACAUGGCAGCUGCGUGGAUGGGCGAAUAACGGCCGUUUGGUCAGGGAGACGGAUGUCGCUUUGCAGCAUAAUCUUGGUCUUGGCGGGGCGAUUGUGGUUACGGUGUAUAGGCGUGCGGACGGCAAGAGGAAUUCGGAUAUCGUGGUUGAGGAGAAGGAUAUUGCAGAGAUCAGCGGUCUAGGGUAUAAUCCCGCCACUGAGGCUAGGUACGUGACUCGUGAGCAGGCGCAGUCUGUUCGGAGCAAGAAGGCUGCCAGCGAGUAUGCCUUGUCGGAUACGUUGGAUAAGAUCACCGCGAGGCUGUAGGUUAUGGUUCUAGCUGUGAAAUUGUGGCGGAUUGCAAUAUACUUUAGGAGCUAAUUGGGAAUCCCAUUUCUG